AUGGAAAACUUUAUUGUAAAAAAUAAUAUCAAUGAUACUCUAGAAGACUUCAAUAAUAUCAUUAUACAGAGUACAAACCAGUUUAUAGGUAAAACAAAACCGCCAAAAAAUCAUACACCCGUAGCAUGGUGGAAUCCUGACUGCAGUGAAGCGAUUAGGGCAAGUAAAAAAGCUUUUGAUAGGUAUAAAAAAACAUUAAAAUCUAGAGAAUAA